AUGAGCACGCUUUGCUUGUCAACAUGGAGGAGAACGUGGAGUCUUGCGCUUGCUAUUCUUCCGGCCGUGCUAGCCACGCAACUCGAGCAGGGCUUCCUAUUUGACUGGAAUCCUGCCGGGACAACCGUGCCGGUACCUGUAACGCAACAAUGCGACACCAUACACAUAACAUGGAGUAGAAGUUCAGCAACAGGUCCGAACCCUGUGGCACCUUAUUAUCUAGAGGUCUACACCUCCGCGUUCAUUGUACCCUUCCUUGUCGCGGCAGGUAGCGGUACAUCCUUUGAUUGGCAAGUACCAUUCGCGCCCAACACCUUGUAUCAAAUAUGCAUGUACGACUCGAAGGGCAUCACUGGAGGCUGUCAGGAUAUUUUCACCGUCAUUGCGAACACCACGACAUCUUCACCAUCUUGCGCUAAUGUCACGUUCCCCGCCGGCGCAAUGAACGUAUCUGCGGAAGCCUCCGGUCCCUUUUCGCAGUAUGGUUGGAUACCCCAAUGCUCGGAUAUCUCUGUUACGCCGCAGAAUGGCACACCACCCUAUACCUUCACGGUCGCGCCCUCACUGCUACCCCCAUUCAACAUCACUUCAGACAGUAGGGGCACUAUCAGCUGGACAAAUACUCUGCAAUAUGGAAUUUCAUACUUCAUCUCCUUGGUGGACUCUAAAGGAAACCGGUGGUCACAAGGUCCGUUACAUAGUAGCGGAGGCUCGAGCUCUUGUUUACACCACUCCGAUACACCAACCGUGGCCAUCGCUGUCGGUGUUCUCGUAGGCGGCAUAGUUGCUGGCGCUAUCUUCGCUGCUGUCGGCCUCUGGUUCUACUCCCGUCACCAACGACGCUCCGCACCCUCAAGCGAGUUCUUGCUCGCUCGCAAUGCAACACGAAGCUCCCAGUAUAGCCAUCACCUCGGUGAUAUGAGCCAGGCAGACGCGAGCUCACCGCUGAGUCCGCACCGCCAACAGACAGCUUUAGGUCGCAGCAUGAACUCCCUCCUAAGAUCAGCACGCAAUCUACAGCACCAGAUCGAGCCAUUCCCACUCCCUACGGCGCCCUUAGACGCACAGGCGCCGCUCCUGACUCGACCCGGACUAAACGUCCCUACGUCGCCCAUAUCACCAGGCGUGGCCGGCGGCACCUUCUGGCCCGUCUGUCCCUCAACGACCAUCUCCGAAAGUCUGUCAAGCGCACUCUCGGGUACUAUGGAGUACCAGGUAGUGCUGCAGGCGUUCGAGACGGCCUUCAGUUUCGAAUAUGACUUGCCCGUGCCGUUAUGGCGCGACGCGCGUAUCCUGCCGGCUUACGCGGCUGGUAUCUCCGUUGUCGGAUUAGUCGCGCACUCCAUUGCCGUUCUCGUGCACAGGCGCAAGAAGGACGGCGAGAACGCCCAAGCUACCGAGCAGCAGCAGGACACUUCCGCAGUCGGCGUUGGCUCCUCUUUCAGAUCGCACGUCGCAGAGCACGGCGGGGCAACUAUCUUUGCGUACAAGGUCGCGCGUUUCGUCUCGGUACUUGCACUGCUCGCAUUAUAUGUCGCCAGCUUCGUCAACGACUACGAGCUAGUCGGGGCAUACGGCGUCGACACCCUCGGGAAGAAGAAAAAGGCUCGCAAGGCGGCCGAGCUUAGCCGGAGGGAAUGGGUUGACCUGAUUCUGUGCAUCACCUACCUAUACGCGUCCUUCCUCUCACUCGUUACGAUUACCGCAAAGGGAAGGAUAGCGCGCGCCAUUUCACCGCAUUUGUCUCUGGUCCUUAUCGUUGGCUUCGGUGUUUACGCGUACCGGGACCUAUGGCCUCUACUCACCUUCACCCUCUCCCCGGCCGACCGUCAUGAAGGCGCGCUGCUCUGGGCGAAGGUUGCGCUUAUCACCUACUCGGCUGUGCUGGUCCCCUUGUCUAUGCCGAGGGAGUAUGUCCCCCUCGACUCUUCGGACCCGCAGCCAUUGGCGAACCCCGAGCAGACAACUUCGAUCGUGUCGUUAACCACCUUUACAUUCUUGGACAAGUACAUCUUCCAGGCGUACCGCCAGGGUCGUCUUGAGUUCGACCAGCUUCCUCCGUUGGCCGACUACGACUACACGAAGAACCUCGUCAAGCGCAGCUUCAAACAUCUCGACAUGUUCUCUGGUGCACCGAACCAACAUAUGUUCAUCGCGCUCAUGAAGGUCUUCUUCUGGGAGUACAUGGUGCUGUCGCUCAUGAUGAUCUUCCGAGUCUUGACCGCGUUCUUGGCUCCGGUCGGUAUUAACCGUCUCCUCAAUUACAUCGAGAAAGGCGGUGAGGGCGCAAUGGUCCGCCCAUGGGUCUGGGUCAGCUUGAUGUUCUUCGGUCCCUUCGUUGGCACGAUCGUUAUGCAGUGGUACAUCUUCAUCACGACCGGUUCGCUCGUUCGCGCACAGGCAAUAAUCACGCAACUCGUCUUCGAGCACUCCCUGCGUAUCCGCAUGAAGGCUGAGACGGCCGCAUCCACUCCUUCGCCGUCGCAGGCCACUACGCCUGAUACCGCCUCACUUGCGGAUACGGCUGUUGGUACGGAGGGCGAGCACUCUGCUGAGGGUACGGAGCAGACGCUUCAGCCGAGCUCGGCUAGCAUCGCGUCUACCAGCAGCGGAAAAGGAAAGGGCAAGGCUAAGGAGGAGGACGAUGAUAAGAAGGAUAAGGACGGGAACCUUGUUGGCAAGAUCAACAACCUGGUCGCUACUGAUCUCGAGAACAUUGUCGAAGGUCGUGACUUCUUGCUGCUCGUCCUCUACUCGCCUCUCCAGUGCGCCAUCUGUGUCUACUUCCUGUACUUGUUACUCGGGUGGAGUUCAUUCGUCGGCAUGGCCAUCAUGGCCGUAUGCUUCCCUCUUCCUGGUUGGAUCGCGAGCAAGAUGCAGACCAUCCAGAAGACUGCGAUGAAGAAGACGGACGCCCGCGUUCAGACCGUCACCGAGAUGAUGUCCGUACUCCGCAUGGUCAAGCUCUUUGGCUGGGAGGCCAAGAUGAGCGACAUGCUCGCGAAGAAGCGUGACGAGGAGCUCGAGUGGAUCAUGAGCAAGGAGCUCGCUGGUCUCGCCAACAACGUUGUCAACUACUUCAUCCCCAUCCUCCAGAUGAUUGGCACCUACGCUUCGUUCACGCUCAUCAUGAAGGGCAACCUGACGCCGUCGCUGGUCUUCUCGACGAUGGCCGUUUUCGACCUUCUCCGUGACCAGCUGCAUACCGUCUUCUUCAUGAUCCAACCUACGAUUCAGGCGAAGGUUUCCCUCGACCGUAUCUCCGACUUCCUGCGCAAGACCGAGCUCCUCGAUCACUACGCUGCCAAGCUCAAGGACGAGCCUGCCGCCUCUACCAUUGUUGACGCGUCCCGUUUCGACCAGUCAGUCAUCGGCUUCCAAGAUGCAUCCUUCACCUGGUCCGAUGACUCUUACGAAGCCGACGGUACCCUCACGCCCUCGCGUCGCAAGUUUAACUUGCGCAUCACGGACGAGCUCGUCUUCAAGCGUGGUGCUAUCAACUUGAUUAUCGGCCCGACCGGAUGUGGCAAGACGAGUCUACUCAUGGCCUUGCUGGGCGAGAUGCACUUUAAGCCUAUGACGCCUGGGUCGUGGUUCAACCUCCCGCGUGCUGGUGGUGUGGCGUAUGCUGCACAGGAGUCGUGGGUCCAGAACGAGACCAUCCGGGACAACAUCCUCUUUGGCGCACCUUUCGACGAGGACCGCUACAACAAGGUCAUCUACCAGUGCGGUCUCAAGCGCGACUUGACCCUGUUCGAGGCUGGCGACAAGACCGAGGUCGGCGAGAAGGGUCUGACGCUCAGUGGCGGUCAGAAAGCCCGCAUCACGCUCGCUCGCGCGAUUUACUCUUCGGCCGAGACCCUUCUACUUGACGACGUCCUCGCUGCACUCGACGUGCACACAGCGCGCUGGAUCGUUGACAAGUGCUUCAAGGGCGACCUCGUCCGCGGUCGCACCGUCCUUCUCGUCACGCACAACGUCGCCAUGGCCAGCCCGAUUGCUAACUACGUCGUCUCGCUCGGCACAGACGGGCAGAUCCUCAGCCGCGGUUCGGUGUCGGAUGCUAUCGCCAAGGACAAGACUCUCGCGCAUGAGGUUGAGGAGGAGGCCCAAAUCAUUGAGAAGACGGAGACGGAAGUCGUUGACAAUGAGGAGCCGGACGCGAAGGCUAAGCAGGCGGAUGGCAAGCUCAUUGUUGCCGAGGAGGUCGCGGAGGGCCACAUCUCUUGGGCUGCUCUGCGCAUCUUCUUCUCGGCUCUCGGUGGCAAGCACUCCUUCAUGUUCUGGUUCUUCUUCAUCGCCGGCCUUGCUCUGUCCGAUGUCUUCAGCAGUCUGCAGACCUUCUGGAUGGGCGCGUGGGCCGAGGCGUAUGACCGCGCCGAGCACUACGAGGAUGUCGACGUCAAGUACUACCUUGGCGUGUUCGUCAUCUUCGUCGCAUUCUCUUGCCUCACCUACACCGUCGGUAUCUCCGUCUACGUCUUCGGUAUCAUUCGUGCUGCCCGCAAGAUCCACAAGCAGCUCAUCAACUCGAUCCUGGGUACGACUCUGCGCUGGCUCGACACGACGCCCACCUCGCGCGUCAUCACCCGCUGCACGCAGGACAUCCGCACGACCGACGGUCCCUUCGCCCAUCUCUUCCAGUUCCUCUCCGAAGUCUCGAUCACAAUGGCCAUCAAGCUCAUCUCCAUCGUCAUCGUCACGCCCGUCUUCCUCAUUCCCGGGGUUGUCGUCUUCCUGGUCGGUGGCUACUGCGGACAGAUCUACAUGUCCGCACAGCUGUCUGUCAAGCGUGAGAUGUCGAACAAGCGCGCACCGGUCCUCGGACACUUCGGCGCGGCUAUUGCCGGUCUUACGUCCAUCCGUGCCUAUGGCGCUGAGCAGGCCUUCCGGGCCGAGGCGUACAAGCGCAUUGACCAAUACUCGAGGGCUGGCCGUACCUUCUACAACUUGAACCGCUGGAUCAGUACCAGGAUUGAUGCCCUCGGCGGUCUAUUCGCUGCCGGUCUCGGCGCUUACUUGGUCUACGGCCCGGGUAGCCGUGAUGCUCUCCCGUCGAAUGUCGGUUUCGCGUUAACAAUGGCUGUCGGCUUCUCCGGCAUGAUCCUCUGGUGGGUCCGCAUCUACAACGACUUCGAGGUCCAGGGCAACUCCCUCGAGCGUAUUCAAGCCUACAUGGAGAUUGAACAAGAGCCCAAGCCCGUCCAGGAGAAGAUCCCGGCUGCAUCAUGGCCCUCGAGCGGCUCGCUCACUGUCGAGAAGCUCUCGGCGCGCUACUCUCCCGAUGGACCUCGGGUCCUUCACGAGAUCAGCUUCGAAGUGAAGUCCGGCGAGCGUGUCGGUAUCGUCGGACGCACGGGUAGCGGCAAAAGCUCGCUCACGCUGUCCCUGCUUCGCUGUAUCUUCAACGAGGGUUCGGUAUUCUACGACGGCCUCGAUACAGCGAACAUCAACCUCGACAGGCUGCGCUCGAGCAUCACCAUCAUCCCGCAAGUGCCGGAGUUGUUGAGCGGUACCCUGCGUGAGAAUUUGGAUCCGUUCAGCGAGCACGACGAUGCAACGCUCAACUCGGCGCUCCGCGCUGCCGGCCUGUUCUCGCUGCAGAAGGAUGACGAUGAGAAUCGAAUCACGCUUGACUCGCAGAUCUCGAGCGGUGGCGGAAACUUGUCGGUUGGCCAGAGGCAAAUUCUUGCCCUCGCCCGUGCGCUCGUACGUGGGAGUAAGCUGCUCAUUCUGGAUGAAGCUACGUCGUCUAUCGACUACGAGACGGAUACCAUCAUCCAGAAGUCGUUGAGGAAUGAGCUCGGCGGGGAUGUCACCCUGCUCACUGUCGCGCAUCGCUUACAGACCAUCAUGGACGCGGACAAAAUCAUGGUGCUUGAUGCUGGUCGCAUCGUGGAGUUCGACGCGCCCAGUGUGUUGCUCAAGAAGGAAGGAGGCUUCCUCAAGUCCCUUGUUGAUGAGAGUGGCGACAAGGAGGCGUUGUAUGCCAUGGCGGAGGGCAAGACCUCUUCAUCUUAA